CACCACCUUGACUUCGCCUUUUAUAAUGCACUCCAUCCCGGUCAGGAUCAUCUCGACGUCCCAUAAUGAGAUCUCCUCGAUAUCCUACACCCAAGACCAUCAUUGCGAACCAGCCCAACUCCGAGGCAAGACUGUAUAUCCCCCCAGAUAUGGCCCGGUAUUCAACACUUCCCAUGUACUACUUGACUGUAAGCCCCUCUAUUUUUGACGGAUUUGAAGAAGAGGAAGAGGAAGAGGGCAAUCUGAGCACUGCCGCAAACAAAGGCACCCCGGAACCACCGACAAACCCGGGGGCCGAGGUAGGCGGUCCAUCAAGACGGGACUUCUUCUGCCCCAGGCCAGAAUACUUUCCAAGAUAUUCCUCAGCAUGGUGGCAGGAACCGGAUCCAUUGGCGAUGGGGGCGAUUGCUGCCGCGGGGAGGUAUGUCGCAGCUCCCGCCUCUCCCGCCUCUCCCGUCUCUCCCGCCUCUGGGCAGGAUGAGGCAACGACCCGAGGAAUACCUCAAAGGUGGAGAAGGCGACUCGUCAAGAGGCCUUCACUCCCUGCCUUGAAGACCCAACCAGCCAGGCUGGUUUCAGACCUCAAUGAGUCCAACCCGUAUUCCGACCUCAUUGAGUCCAGUCAGAAUGACAUGACCAUUCGAUUCCUUCGGAACGGAGACAACUACCCGUUCUCGGGGGGGCUGGCAGCAUAUGCGGAUGAUUAUGAUUUUGGGUUCGGGCAGCGAUACCAGGUCGACGGUCAAGGGGCAAGAGUCGUGGUCACAAAUAAGCGAGUGCUGCCUGAGAUCCUACGUGGUGAGAGAGAUUGUGUCGUAUGCACCGAAACAAAGGACGUAGUCGAGUUCCCCAGCACAACCGUGACCAAGACCUGCAAACACCCGCCAAAUACCUGCUUGGAGUGUGUCAAAAUGUCGAUCAGGACGGACCUGAACAACAACUGGUGGAACAAUAUCCGGUGCCCGGAAUGUCGAGAGCCCCUACAAUACGACGACGUCCAAAGAUACGCAGAUCCAACGACACGAGAACGGUACCUGAACCUCUCCUUCCACUACACCUUCCUCGAAGCGGACAACGUCGUGCCGUGUCCGGCCAACAGCGACGGCCACGGACAGGUCUUCCACGACGGCAAUCCGCUCCACGGGGCCGCGCCAAACCCGCGCAGUCGCCACUCCGAGCGGCAAGACUCGGCUCCGGCUCGCCACCCAGCCCAGAAGGAAGGAGGAGGAGCAGCCGACCGCGUGGCAGCGUCCUCGUCCCCGUCCUCGCCCCUACCGGAUAGGGGGACGGCGGCGGCCUCCUCGUCCUCGCGGGCCGACCGGUGGUGGCGGUGCACGUGGGCGGCCAGGCCGGAGGCGCAGGCGCAGGCGAGGGUGGAGCGUGACUCGCGGCAGGCGCGGAGGGAGGCCGAGAUGAUCGUGCGGGGCGCGGCGCUGGAGAGAGCCGAGAGCGAGGCGCGGCGCAGGGCCGAGGACGAGCUGAGCUUACGUUUGGUUGCCUCGACGUCGAAGCCGUGCCCGGGCUGUGGCUGGGCUAUUGAGAAGAAUUCGGGAUGGUAGGUUGGG